AUGAAGUUGGCCUGCAGGUGCGCCUUGGUGGCUUUGCUUUUCGCACAGGGAGGUCAUGCUUUCCGCAGGAAGAAGGUUGAGAAGACGAGCCUCCGUCGCCAGGAGCCAAAGGCCUUGCUGGAAGAGCUCGAGCAGGUCCUGGGUGCAGAGCACCGUGAGGCAGCAGAACAGAGGCUACACGAGUUCGAGGACGACCUGCGCAUCACUUUCAAGGCAUUGCCCAAGAACGGCCGCGGCGCGGUGGCCGCCCCCUCCGCGCGCUAUGCGCUGCACAGGCUCUUCAACCAGCGUCAUGGCUGGCAGAUCAAAGGCCUCGAGACUGCUGCAGGUGCCUGGGAUGCGGAUUCGCCAGUCACAGCGAUGGGCGAUCGAGUGCCGCCGAAAAUGCGUGAGCUCUUCGAGGAUCGCUUGGGAUCCUAUGGAAUGACCCUCCACGAACUCGCGAUCCUUGCCGCGACGAUGGAUAAGAUGUUCGAGACUGACGUUGCCGAGCGACUCCGAAUCGUGUACAAGGCCUCGGCACUGAAGACGGAGGCUCACAUCAACUACAAUCAGGCAAAGAACGUCCUGUGGACUUAUGUGGCAGCAUUCAUCACCGGACCGCAGGUGGAGAGCCUCACCGAAGGAGAGGUGCACAAGGCCCUUGACCAUUUCGAGACCAGGUUUCCACGCCACGCAGAAGCCAGGGAUCUGCUGGCUGCAAUUGCUGACGAGGUUGGCGGGCGUCGUUCGAACUCCUAUGACUUUGCAACGCUGCAGACGAUCCUGUCCAAGUUUGGCCAGCGGCUUGGCGCUCUGGAGGACACCGAAUGCAAGGUCAUGAAGAACAGGUUGACCUCAUUGGAGCAUCGUGAGGGCAGUGGCCUUGUUCGCCUUGGUGAUUUCUACGGCAAUGACAAGUUUGAUUUCCACUUCACGGAGAGCCCGGUCUACCUGCGCGGCGCGGGCCUUCUCGACGAGUCAAACCCCAACGACCCGAAGGUCAUCAUCCCCAACUACCUUGCUGGUCCAUCGAACUGCGUCCAGCCUUCAGGCUACUACAGCAUCUGCUGCUUUGACGAGUGCGAGCAGUUGAUGGACAAGGUUGAGGAAGGGCUUGAAGCGCCCAUGGGCACGCCGGAGAAGAUUAUGGACCUGGUGUCUGGAUUGCCCUCGUCUUCGUUGCCGGCUAAUCGAACGCUUUCGCCGCACCUGAAGACGCUGUUGGAUGAAGUGGCGGGCCACCACGGUGGUAUGGUGCCGAUUCACGGCCGCCUUUUCGCGCAGUGGAUGCAUGAGGCUUAUCCACGCGAGUGUAGCUACCCCCACCUGGAGGUCAAGGUCCAGAGUCGCUUCGAUCACUCGACAGAAAUGGAUCAUGUGGAGGCCGCAGAGAAGUCCAAGUAUUGGCAAAUUGCCAAGCAGCUUGAGGGCAGUGGCGAGAACCAAACCACCUCUCGAUGGAUCAUGAAGGAGGAGUUGGUGGACCGGCAGGGCUUUGAGGCUCAUGUGAAGUCGAGCACGCGAGACGACUUGACCAUUUUCGGAGCCUUGGGCUUCGUUGGCAUGGCAGUCGUUCGGCACAUCGCCCCUGCAUUGAGGCCUCCGGCGGCGGUGGACUCGCAGACCCGAAUGUGCAUCUCUCGACCAUCAUCGGUACAGGUGUUUGUAUUGAAGCUGGAUGAGACUGUCAGCGAUGACAUCGCCAUCGUCGGAACCUUGGACUUCUUCACGCCCAUCGUCGACGAACCCGAGGUGUUUGGUGGCAUUGCUGCUGCCAAUGCCCUGUCUGAUGUGUAUGCCAUGGGCGCAAGGCCAAUCUUCGCUUUGAAUAUUGUCGGCUUUCCGUCAAACCGGCUUCCUCCAUCUGUUUUGGCAAGGAUCUUGAAAGGAGGUCAAGAGAAAUGUGCGGAGGCCGGCGUGGCCAUACUGGGCGGCCACACCGUUGAGGACCUGGAGCCUAAGUAUGGGCUGGCUGUGAUUGGCCCCUCGGAACCCAGCGGAGCAUUGAAGAGCAUUGAGAUGCAUUUGUGUCCUCCUACCUGCGAGCUAGCUUGA